AUGCGCGUGGUUACCGUGGUAAUUCUGCUCUUCUUUUGUGAAGCCGCUGAGCUCCGCAAGGCAAGCCCGGGGGGCCCAAGAGGCCGAGCGAAUCAUGGCAGGGCAGGUGGGAGCAGGAGAGGCUCCAACCCGGUCAAACGCUACGCACCAGGCCUCCCCUGCGAAGUCUACACGUAUCUUUACGAGAAAUACUUAGAUUGCCAGGAAAGAAAACUAGUUUACGUGCUGCCUGACUGGCCUCAGGAUUUGCUGCACAUGUUGUUAGCAAGAAACAAGAUCCGCAUAUUGAAGAACAAGAUGUUUUCCAAGUUUAAAAGGCUGAAGAGCCUGGAUCUGCAACAGAAUGAGAUCUCCAAAAUUGAGAGCGAGGCUUUCUUUGGUUUAAAUAAACUGACCACUCUCCUCCUGCAGCACAACCAAAUGAAAGUCUUGACGGAGGAAGUGUUCAUUUAUACGCCUCUCCUGAGGUACCUGCGUCUUUAUGACAACCCCUGGCACUGUACAUGUGAGAUGGAAACGCUUAUUUCCAUGUUGCAGAUUCCAAGAAACCGGAAUUUGGGGAACUACGCCAAGUGUGAGAGCCCCCAAGAACUGAAAAACAAAAAACUGCGGCAGAUAAAAUCUGAACAGUUAUGCAAUGAAGAAGAAAGCAAACAGUUAGACCCGAGACCCCAAGUGUCCGGGAGACCCCCUGUCAUCAAGCCGGAGGUGGACUCCUCUCUUUGCUACAAUUACGUGUUUCCCAUACAAACGCUGGACUGCAAACGGAAAGAGCUGAAGAAAGUUCCAAACAACAUCCCUCCAGAUAUUGUUAAACUUGACUUGUCAUACAAUAAAAUCAACCAACUUCGACCCAAGGAGUUUGAAGAUGUUCAUGAGCUAAAAAAAUUAAACCUCAGCAGCAAUGGCAUUGAAUUCAUAGAUCCUGCUGCUUUUUUAGGACUCACACAUUUAGAAGAGUUAGAUUUAUCCAACAACAGUCUACAAAACUUUGACUAUGGAGUAUUAGAAGACUUGUAUUUUUUGAAACUCUUGUGGCUCCGAGAUAACCCUUGGAGAUGUGACUACAAUAUCCACUACCUCUACUACUGGUUAAAGCAUCACUACAACGUCCACUAUAGCGGCCUGGAAUGCAAAAUGCCUGAAGAGUACAAGGGGUGGUUUGUGGGGAAAUAUAUUCGCACUUACUUCGAAGAAUGCCCCAAAGACAAAUUACCAGCAUACCCUGAAACAUUUGACCAGGAUACGGAAGAUGAUGAAUGGGAAAGAAUACAUAGGGAUCACACAGCAAAGAAGCAAAGUGUAAGAAUCACUAUAGUGGGAUAA